AUUUGCCCCAUAGGAAGCACAAAUAUUUCCCCUCCAUUUUUGGAAGGGAAAAAGUGCGUCCUAUAGGGCGAAAAAUACGGUAAUCCUUUCCUCCUCUGCUGCCACCAGAGGAAACUCCUUAAUCUGGAGGUGACGUUUGCAUUGGAAGGAAAGUUACCAUUGAUAUCAGUGGUGGGAUUUCCUCCCCAAGUCAAUGCAUGCUUCAGAAGUGGGGAGGGCCAUACUUCAGUGGUGGAACAUAUGCUCUACAUGCAAAAGAUCAGGUUCAGACCCCUGCACCUUUGGGUAGGACUGCGACAGAGCCCUGUUUAUGACCCUGUAAUGCUGUGACCAGUCAGUAUAGACAAUACUGAGUUAGAUGAGCCAAUGAUCUGACUCAGUAUAAGGAGUUCCUAAGAAGGUUUUCUCCCCAGGAUGGCCACAUCGCAAGAGGAAAUUGAAUUCCCCCCUCCGCUCUUCUCUUAAUCCCAUUGUAAAUGCGUCAUAUUCCGCCCCCAGCCUCCAACUGAUGGAUUUUGCAUUUGACUAAACCUGCAGAUCAGAUGCAAAGGUGUAUUCAACACCAUGUCUGGUUUGAACCGUCAGUGCCUUUUUAAGUUUUCUUCUCUCAUCCUUGUUUCAUUAUUCUCCCAACUGUUUUGGUUUCUUAGAUAAGGGGAGCGGGGGACUGCUAAAAGAUUCUAAAGAGGAAACAAAAAAGGCUGAAAAGGUUCUAAGUCUAAACUGCAGACAAACCCCCCCCCCCCCAAAAAAAAGAAGUUUCAUGGGAAUGGUACAGGAUUUUGCACCUGGAUAAGCACAUCGCUCUAUGAGCAUUCUGGAUCAGGAAAUGUUUCAUGGCACCUGUGGGUUUGUUUAUUUGUUUUGUCAUUAGUCUUCGUCUUCUGAAGCCAACUAGCCCUGUGGUUCCGUCUGCCUGGGGUUCUGCUAAAGUGUCAGCGCAGUGGAGGCCAUUUGUCAAACUACAAUUUUGAGACCCAGAAGCAUCAUUCUUAUCUUCACAGAAAGGUGCAAGGAUAUUUAUUACCGGAAUAAUGAACUUCCGAGCGAAAUUUCAACAGAACAUGUGGGCAGUUUUGUGUCAUCUCCAAUUUGGAAACAGCGCAAGGUCUAGCAGAAUGAAUACAAUCUACUCAGUGCGCACCAAAAUGUGUGGCAUCCUCUGGUCCUGCCUUCUGAGAGAAUAAGGGUAGAGGAAUCAUAGAAAACUGGGGAGGUGCAGAUGGAGGAAUGUACAGCUGCAUCACAUGUUCCAUCAUGUAUGUGGUAUGUAUGUGUGAGUGGCUGUGCAUGCACAGAUCUGCCGCCCGAGUGCAUGUAUGGUUCUGGAGACUUGUGUGAGCCUGCCCUUGCUUCCCUGUAACUGCGCACAGGAUCACAGCCUGGGGCUGGAAGGCUCAUGCCUGCAGGCUUCACAUGGGUAUAUGUGCCAACAAAAUAUAUGAAGCUAAUUUAGUACCAGAGCAUGAACUUGGUCCAAGUGUUUCAGCUGAUCAGGAAGUUAGACAAUGAGUUAGGUAAAGGUAAAGGGACCCCUGACCAUUAGGUCCAGUCGUGGCCGACUCUGGGGUUGCGGUGCUCAUCUCGCUUUAUUGGCCGAGGGAACCAAUACAGCUUCCGGGUCAUGUGGCCAGCAUGACUAAGCCGCUUCUGAUGAACCAGAGCAGCACACGGAAAUGCCGUUUACCUUCCCGCUGGAGUGGUACCUAUUUAUCUACUUGCACUUUGACGUGCUUUCGAACUGCUAGGUUGGCAGGAGCAGGGACCCAGCAACGGGAGCUCACCCCGUUGCGGGGAUUUGAACCGCCGACCUUCUGAUCGGCAAGUCCUAGGCUCUGUGGUUUAACCCACAGUGCCACCCGCGUCCCAUAGACAAUGAGUUAGCCAUGUCCAUUAAUUUCAGUGGGUCUGCUCUGAGUGGGGUUUACCAUUGGAUACAAGCUGUGGCUUUGCACUGCGCUGGUGAGGUGGUUCAAAUUGUUGCAGUUUUAAAAUGGGACAGUGAAAAGCAACAGUGGUGUGCAGAGGGCUGCCUCGGGAUAUUGGAGCACCAGUAUUAAUAGUGCUUACUGUUUGAAGACAGGAUGUGUGUAAUUAGACUACAAUGUCACAGCAGGCAAGGGGGUGAGGUCUUCCCUUUCGCUGGCACUGGCAACCUAGCACCUGAUCCUUUGCAUAAUAAGCAAAUUCCAUAUUUUAGGGGAAAGACAAAUGUAAUGUUUAAGAAGCAAUGUGACUAGCCUGGGAAUCCUUUUACAGUAUUCAGUCCAACCGUAAAGACUCCUUGUCUCCAGGGCAAAACUCUGAAACAUAAUAAUUCUGAAAGUCUGCAGCCAAAGCUGGCUGGCUGUUCAUGAUGCUGAUUGGCUGGCUUUCCAUGACAUCAGCAAGAAAUUUCUCCCUUUCCAAUUCUCUGGGAUAGUUUUGCACCUACGGCAACAACAGUGGAAAGUCUUGUGGCACCUUAUGUUGUGACAAAUACAUUGUGUUAGAAGCAUUCAUGGCCCCAGGGCCCACUGCAAAAGAAGAUUAACUGGUGCUUGGAGAUUAUUAGGGCAUAUAAUUCCAAUUUUACUUCAUCUGCUUUGGUAAUCUGUUUGUUUCCAGGCUCAAUUUAACGUGGUGAUAAUUGGCCUUUGAAACCCUAAAUGGUUUAGGACUGGAUUAUCUCAGAAGCUACAGUACCUGCUUUUGUGUGAAUCUGCUCAGGCUUUGUAAUCAGCCUUACAGGCCCUGAAUCUCUACAAUAUUGUCCAGAUGUGAGAUCUGGCAGGGAGUGCAGGGCAUGAGAUACAGAGCCUUUUCUGUGCUGGCACCACAAUGAAGAAAGUCCUUUUGGGGCAAAUUUGUUAGGCUCCUUCUGUGCCUUUCGAUGGAUGGUAAAAUAUUUUCAUUCAAGCUAGAAUUUAAUUAGUGAUUAGCAUUUAGUAAUUGAAUACAUUAUAGUGUGGGUCUUUUCCUGGAGUUUUAGUACUGUUGUCUUUUGACUGUUGUUUUGAUGGAGGUAUUAUUCUACUGUUUUGUUUUCCCUUUUUGGUAAGCUGCUUUUGUUAUCUGUUCAUUGUUUGUAUUCUGUUCUGUUCCUAAAAUAACUGCAAUCCUAUGCAUGCCUACUCAGAAGUAAGAGAAGCAAGCCCAUUGGUAGGCAAACUAAGGCCCGGGGGCUUGAUCUGGCCCAAUCGCUUUCUCAAUCCGGCCCGCAGACGGUCCGGGAAGCAGCAUGUUUUUACAUGAGUAGAAUGUGUCCUUUUAUUUAAAAUGCAUCUCUGGGUUAUUUGUGGGGCCUGCCUGGUGUUUUUACAUGAGUAGAAUGUGUGCUUUUAUUUAAAAUGCAUCUCUGGGUUAUUUGUGGGGCAUAGGAAUUCGUUCAUAUUUUUUUUCUUUUCAGAAUAUAGUCUGGCCCCCCACAAGGUCUGAGGGACAGUGGGCCGGCCCCCUGCUGAAAAAGUUUGCUGACCCCUGCAAGCCCAUUGAGUUCAAUGGGACAAUGCAGUUGUGUAUGAGCUUGCAGACUAAUCUCAUCAGAUGCAUUGUGAAUUCAAUGAAGAAGGUUCUCAGGGUCAUGAAAGUCUGUAUCCUAAUAAAUGUGUUAGCAUUUAAGGUGCAACAAGAUUUAUUAUGGUUUUGGCUUCAGUAGGUUAGGGAUAGCUACCGUAUUUUUUGCUCUAUAAGACGCACCAGUCCACAGGACGCACCUAGUUUUUGGAGGAGGAAAACAAGAAAAAAUAUAUUCUGAAUCUCAGAAGCCAGAACAGCAAGAGGGAUCGCUGCGCAGUGAAAGCAGCAAUCCCUCUUGCUGUUCUAGCUGCGCAGCCUGCAUUCGCUCCAUAAGAUGCACACACAUUUCCCCUUACUUUUUAGGAAGGAAAAAGUGAGUCUUAUAGAGCAAAAAAUACGGUAAAUCAUUCAGUUUCUGGACCAUCUCACUUCCAUAAGUGUUCACGCAAGUCCCUUCUGCUGUGCCCUGUUUCUGCAUUCAUCUUCAAUUAAAAAACAACUGCUCAAAGGUUUGCGUUUAAGUACAUAUUUAAAUAUGUAUUUUUGAACACAUUUUCUAUCAAAAUAUGCAUUCCUAUUUUGAUAUUUUUUUUAAAAAAAAACUAAAACUUGAGAGCUGCAUUGCAAAAUUUGGCAAAAUGCAAAGACAAAUGGCUGGCUGUGUUCCCAGAGUUGUUGCUAUGUACUUAACAGAUUUGGGACAGGGGCCCAAAUACACAGAAAUGCAUAAAAUUAGCAUAUGCUGAUUUGUAUGAAUAGAGUCAAAUUUAAAAUAUAAAUGUCACACGCUAGCUAAUUUCCCACUCAUUCCUACUCAUUGCACCCAAUUCCCCUUCCCUCACCUCCAUUCAUUAACCCCAGAUCAUCUCUAGAUAAAGCCAUCUCAAAUCAAUUUAUCGUCCUCAAAAAAUGAUGAUGAUGAUGAUGAUGAUGUACCCAGUGACCUAGUUCACCCCCCAUUACCCAACCCAGAAACACUCAGAGCACUUAGGAAGAGAUUUGAGGCCUUGUCAUCCCAUCUGUGACAACACCCCUGUUUGUUCCAAUCCACACACUAGGUUAGGUAAAGGUAAAGGGACCCCUGACCAUUAGGUCCAGUCGUGGCCGACUCUGGGGUUGCGGCACUCAUCUUGCUUUAUUGGCCGAGGGAGCCAGCGUACAGCUUCCAAGUCAUGUGGCCAACAUGACUAAGCCGCUUCUGGCACACCAGAGCAGCACAUGGAAACGCUGUUUACCUUCCUGCUGGAGUGGUACCUAUUUAUCUACUUGCACUUUGACGUGCUUUCGAACUGCUAGGUUGGCAGGAGCAGGGACCGAGCAAUGGGAGCUCGCCCCGUCACAGGGAUUCGAACCACCGACCUUCUGAUCGGCAAGUCCUAGGCUCCGUAGUUCCAACUAAAUUCUACUCAGAGUAGACACAUUAUAAUGAAAGCACCUAAGUUAGCCAUGUCCACUAAUUUCAGUGGGUCUACUCUGGGUAUGUGCACAAUCUAUUCAUUCAAGCGUCGUCGUUCAAACUGGUUCAUAUUGGAACUCACAAAGAUGGAAUCUUGCCUCACCACAGACGCAACCAAACUAGUGCAGCAGCCUCCUUUGGAUUUUUUUUCUUAAUGUUUAAAAACACACACAAUAAGGCAGCAAAUAACUUAAGCACAUGGGUGCUAAUUGCAGUGCUCUUAAAACUUAUUUUUAAUAUGUAAAGGGGGCAGCUGGUGCUCAGAGAGACUGGCAGUGGUGCCAGUUUUUGAUUCACUGCAUUGCACUCAUGUCCUUUCAAGCUGUGAAGCCCAAACGGCUGAAAGGCCUUUAUCUAUUAUGUAUUGACUUCACCUUUUAACUGAUUUAGAAUGCAGCCUAGUUUACUGAAAUGUCAGCCAAGUGAUAGCAGUGCUUACCUGACUUUGUGGGGGAAAUAUCAGCUACAGAUGAUUGGUAAAGGUUAACUUCAGUGUUGCCCACUGAAGAGACACACCUGAGACUUCAGAAUACCUGCUCAAAGUUAAGACCAUGGGUAGGCAAACUAAGGCCCGGGGCCCGGAUCCGGCCGAAUCGCCUUCUAAAUCUGGCCCACGGACGGUCCGGGAAUCAGCGUGUUUUUACAUGAGUAGAAUGUGCCCUUUUAUUUAAAAUGCAUCUCUGGGUUAUUUGUGGGGCCUGCCUGGUGUUUUUACAUGUGUAGAAUGUGUGCUUUUAUUUAAAACGUAUCUCUGGGUUAUUAGUGGGGCAUAGGAAUUCAUUCAUUUCCCCCCAAAAAAUAUAGUCCGGCCCCCCACAAGGUCUGAGGGACAGUGGACUGGCCCCCUGCUGAAAAAGUUUGCUGACCACUGGGUAAAACUAUGGACUGUAUCCAAUGCUAGUCCAGUGCAGAGCAGGCCCAUUGAAACGGAUGCACAUGACUAAUUUUGGUGCAUUAACUUCAAUAGGUCUACUCUGAGUAGCACUUAGUUAGAUAAAACCCUAUUUUUAUGUGGGGGUUGGGUGAUUCUGAAGCUUUCAUUGCCAAGCUGCAGUAGCUGUAGGGAUAGAGGUUGAAAACUGAAUGCAUUUGGGGGAGACAUAUCAUUAGGUUAAGAUGUAUGAUGGAUCCGUGCACACACAAGCUGCAAACAGUAGCUUGUUAAAUCCAGACACAAGACUCCUCUGGGAUGGGGAGAUACAUUUCAUAUUAAUAGGCUUAUGAUAGCCACAGAUUCCACCCCCCCCUCUUCUUCUUUGAAGUUUGCAUUUAAAAUAGCCUGAAUGGCCCAGAGACGACAGUAAAUUAUUCAAAUCUUCCUGGAAGUCUGCAUCUGCAGAUUAGCAUUAACCUGAAAAAAGGCAGAGGCACCCAGUUCUGCCCUAUUUCUGUCUAAUGCUGUGAUUCUAAAUACAUCUGCUAAGACGAAAGGCCCAGAGAGUUCAGCACAGUUUUGGUGCACGUACGGGUUAGGAUGAGCUUGUCAGGUGUCAAUCCAGAGAUUCCUUCCGUUUUGCUAAAUUUGCCACUGAAUUGGGUAGGUUUAUGGUGGCAAACCAUAAAGACAGUGGAAGACAGAAGUGCCUGGCGUGCUCUGGUCCAUGGGGUCACGAAGAGUCGGACACGACUAAACGACUAAACAACAACAAAUGGUGGCAAACAGGAUUGCAGGGGUGUCCGUGGUAGGUGGGGGAGGGAAUGGACAAAAGGUGGAAGGUUGUGGAAAGACAGGAUAGUUUCCUGAAGCAGUAAUAGAUUUACAGUGGUACCUCUGGUUAUGUACUUAAUUCGUUCUGGAGGUCCGUUCUUAACCAGAAACUGUUCUUAACCCGAAGCACCACUUUAGCUAAUGGGGCCUCCUGUUGUUGUUGCUGCGGCGGUGGCGGAGCAUGAUUUCUGUUCUCAUCCUGAAGCAAAGUUCUUAACCCGAGGUAUUAUCUCUGGGUUAGCGGAGUCUGUAACCUGAAACGUAUGUAACCCGAGGUACCACUGUAAAUAGAUACCUUUGGAUCAGCACUUAAGCUGUGGAUCUCUUAUGGUUCCGCGCAUGCUUCUAAAACUUCGGUCACAAACAUCACUGGAACAAGAGGCUGCACAUGGCACCCUAUAUGAACAGGGCUAUUGCAUCCCAUAAAAGUUUACAAUUCAUAGGUGCCAGUUUUGAUUCGCACACAAGCUCUGAUCCAGCCAGGCUUGUCUCAACCAAGGUGCUCUGAAGACCUGAAGGGGUUGUUUCUCUGUGUACUGAUUUGGUCUCUCUCUCUUUUGUCAGUAAUAUUAUUUAUUGCAUUUGUUUGUCGUUUUGUUUAAAAAAAAAUAAAAUGCUGCAGGGCAACUUAAGAGGAAGAUAAAGUACCAACAGAUAAAAUAAAAUAAAAGCCAAAAAAAUUUUAAAAAAAGAACACUGCCAUGUGCUUAUCCAAAAAUAGAAUUAAAAAAUAUGAAUCCUAUCCCACCCCGCUAAAAGCUGAGCACCACAAUUAAGGCUAGAAUCACGCAGAAGUAUGAUUUCAAAACCAUAAACCACCAAUAGCCUGGGUAAAUAAAAAUGUCUCUUAAGCCAGUGUCUAAAAAGUGACAAUAAUGAUGCUAGGGCUGUUUCUUUGGCAGUGGGGUGAGCCCUGAAAUAGCCCGUUCUCCAUUGAAAAGAGCCUAUCCAGCAUCAACUGUAAGCAGGGGGGUGUCGGGGAAGGACAGAGCAAGAGAAAAUGGAGGGAAUUGCUUCUCCUCCUUUAGGUUACCCAUUUACCUGGCAAUUGCUGAAGUAAAGGUAAGGGACCCCUGACCAUUAAGUCCAGUCGUGACCGACUCUGGGGUUGCAGCGCUCAUCUCGCUUUACUGGCCGAGGGAGCCGGCGUACAGCUUCCAGGUCAUAUGGCCAGCAUGAGUAAGCCGCUUCUGGCAAACCAGAGCAGCACACGGAAACGCCGUUUACCUUCCCGCCAGAGUGGUACCUAUUUAUCUACUUGCAUUUUGAUGUGCUUUCGAACUGCUAGGUUGGCAGGAGCUGGGACCAAGCAACGGGAGCUCACCCCGUUGCGGGGAUUCGAACUGCCGGCCUUCCAACCGGCAAGCCCUAGGCUCUGUGGUUUAGACCCAUGUCCCAAAGCAAAUGGUAUCCCAUUAUUAUAAGACUUAGGGCAUAUGCUCUGAUUUCACAUACACCCCAUUGGAUCUUGGCUAACUCUUUUAACUAUCGGGGGACACAGGCAUCCAAUCAAGUUCAAGCAAGCUGGUGUGUUUUUCCAGCUCCUGAUUGGGUAAAACAAAGGCCGAUGUGAGAAUGAAGCUACAAUCCUAUAAUCUGGGAGUCAAGUCCCAUUGAACUUGGUAGGGCUCACUUGUGACUAGUUAUGUAUGGGAUUGCUCAGUCAUUUAUUCUGGUUGGUUAAAUUAGAUGGAGUCACCUAUGGGAGCCAUAACAAAACAUGCCAAAGAUGUAACUUGGGUUCCCCUCAUUCUGGUGUUCUACACCAGCCAUGGAUCCUUUAUUAUGAUCAAGGCAGAAUAAGCUGACAAUAAAUGAUCGAGCGCAGGUAAAUCUUAGUUUUCUCAAAGCCUGUCCUUCAAACACCCUUUCAAGCAAAUCUUUGGUGGGAGAAGCAGGACCGACGAAAGGAAAUGUUUCGCACAGUGUGAUAAUGGAAAAUGCAAUCGCAAGAUGUCUCAGUUACCAUCAGUGUGGACAGGGAUUGGACAAAUUCAUGACAGAUCAGGCUAUCAGUGGCCAGGAGUCAUGAGGCUAUGUACUACCUCCAGGACUGGAGGUGAGGCUGUAUGCUGCACUCAGGUCCUGCUUAUAGGCUUACAGGUGCAUCAGGUUGUCACUAUGAGAACAGCAUGUUGGACCAGGUAGGCCUUUGGUCUGAUCCAGCAGGAAUCUUAUUACGUUCUUAAAUGUGGUCCGUACAAUUCAGCUUUUGCAUUGAAGUCUCCAUCUUACUGAAGAAACAGCAAUAGUUUUGCAUUGCAGAUUUUGGGGUAUGCCAUCCCGUCUCCUCCCAUCACUGUCAUUUCACUGAGUUGGGCAAACUGCAGUAUUGUAGCUUGAAUUCACGAUAAAAGAUGCUGAGAUUUCUGGCAUUAUGUGGGUUUUAUAUUUGCAGAGAGAGAGAGAAAGAGAAAGAGAGAGAGAUUAGUUUUGAUUUUUUUGAUUAUUUUUUUUAACUUGAAGCCUUAACAUUUUACUUCUUUGUCUGAAUUAGCAACGGAGAACAGUUUAUGAGAGACACUCCAUGUACUAUGUUUCUGCUUGGGUUGAAGACCAGAAUUUACCCUGAUAUGCUUUUUUUAAAAAAAAAAAUCUAGUUGAUGAUGACAAAGAAAAGGGCUCUUGCAAUGUUAAGGAUGGGAGAACAGAGAACAUUCCUUUCGGAUAUAUAUUUUUCAUGGGAAUGGCUGACAAGUUUUCAACUGUGUUUUCAGAGGUAUCAAAGAGAUUCCCAAGGCCUUUAUUAUUUUGUAUAUAUAUAUAUAUAAAUAUAUAUAUAAGUGAAAUGAAUUAAUCUUUCGGUAGAUAACCUCAACUGUAAAAAAAACCCAACAACCACACAUACAUGCACACAUGAAAACUAUGCAGAUGUAUGCUUUAAUGUUGAAAAUCCGAUGUGCAGCAGCAAAGUUGGCUUGCUGAAGAAGGCAAACCCAGGAUUGUGUAAAUAUUUGCCCAGGUUUAUUGUAUUAUUGGGACUACAAGGGAGCCUCUCCCAAGUGAGGACUACAUGCCUGUAGGAGGACCCUAAAUCAGGAAUGGGGAAACUGUGGCUCUCCCAGAUGAUGAUGGACUACGGCUGCGAUCAUUCCAUGCUAUUGGCCAUGGCCAACUGAGGUUCAUGGGAGCUGGAGCCCAACAGCAACUGGAGGAGUUCCAGGUUCUUCAUCCCUGACCAAAAUGGUGGCCACUAAAGUGUUUGGAGUGAUCUACACCAGAGCCUAAAAGAUAAAGACAAAACUGACUGGAAGACUGGAGGCAAUGUUGUUACCAAGUGCAUGGUUUGAGGACCUUGUCGUUGGGAUCUCUUUAACAGUCUGUAUUUCACCUGUUCUACUACCUUGAAUUUUUGGAAUGUAUCUGUGCAGGCUUUGUGGACCUCCGUCUGUAAUUCUAAUUUCUGUGGCUCUCAAUACAUAUGUAUAUAUUUUUCAGCUUCUUGAGUUAAUGUGGUUGUUUUUUUGAGGGGUGUGUGUGUGUAAAAUUGCAGCAUUUAAGCACUUUGUUUUGACUUAUCGACAUAGUGGGUUCUGGGAAAGAGGCGCAAAAGUACCUCAUACCACAAUUUUGUAUGGGAUAUAAGGAGCUGUAUGCUGAAUCAGACCACUGUUCAAUCUUGUUAGUCCAUUACUGUCUCUUCUCCACUGUUCUGGCUCCAGUGUUGGAGGAAGUAUGCCUCUGAAGGCCAGUAUCUGGGAAUCACAAGUAGGAAAAGUGCUUUUGCUUCUAGGGCCAUCUUGCAGGCUUCCUAUGGGCAGCUGCCUGGCCUCUGUGGGUACACAAUGCUGGAUGAUGUUUGUAUUUUAUGUACUGUGUCUAAUUAGUAAUGGCUCUUGACUGCGCACUAUAGUGUCACCAACAAAACACACACCCUGCAUAAAGAAGAAAAGAGGGUCCAUAUUUGCGUAAAAUCUGCCUGUGCCAAUAUAUGCACGAAUUAGAAAUAAUCACUAUAAUUUAUGGAUCUGCCCUGGCCUUAUAACAUUUGGUUCAGAUCUCUCAUCGCUUCAGGGAGAAGCCCAAUCUGUUCUGAGACAUUCUGUGGUCUGUCCUAAUCGACUCAUGUGUCAGGUCUGUAGCAACUUCGUUAAAAAUGAAACACCAUUUCUUCUUAUGGGGAAUGUAUUUAAAAUGUCUGUAACUCCCUCCCGCCUUUUGGCAGAAGUAGAUGAAAUUUGCACACACAGCCACCAGAGUAGAUUAAGCCUGCCAAGUUGCAACCGAAUAAAUCAAGGGCCUGUGGAGGCCAGGCACAUUAUGGGUGAGUGGCUCCUAUACAUGGCAGAUAACACAGCCUUCACAUGUUUAAGAAGAGUGGGAUACUCUGGUUGGUCCCAAUCCCUCCAUCAUGUCACAGCGUCCAUCCCCAUUGUUCUCCUUGUGUCGGAGGGGAAACAUUGGCCUUGAGCAUCCAGCCAUCAGGAGCAGACUUUAGUCUUUAACUUUUCAGCGGCGCCCUGUGCAUGCCCAAAAUUUGGCGGCACCACCCCACUGUUCACCUUCCUUUCAGCUAAAUUCACUGUGCCAUAGUUGUGAUGCCCUGUGUCACCCCCUAGGCUCGGUGCCCAAUGUAGUAGAAAUGGUCGUGCUACUAUAAGUCUGCCUCUGCUGUUAUACAGUGGUACCUCGGGAUGCGAACGUGAUCCGUUCCAGAGCCCUGUUCGCAUCCUGAAGAAGAAGAAGAGUUUGGAUUUGAUAUCCCACUUUAUCACUACCCGAAGGAAUCUCAAAGCGGCUAACAUUCUCCUUUCCCUUCCUCCCCCACAACAAACACUCUGUGAGGUGAGUGGGGCUGAGAGACUUCAGAGAAGUGUGACUAGCCCAAGGUCACCCAGCAGCUGCAUGUGGAAGAGCGGAGACGCAAACCCAGUUCCCCAGAUUACAAAUCUACUGCUCUUAACCACUACACCACACGGAACGCACGACGCGACGGCGUGUCUGCGUGUGCGCGGGUCGCGUUUCGCCGCUUCCACGCAUGCGCGUGACGUCAUUUUGAGCAUCUGCACAUGUGCAAGUGGCGAAACCCGGAAGUAACGUGCUCCGUUACUUCCGGGUUGCCGCGGAGCGCAACUCGAAUGCGCUCAACCCGAAGCACAUUCAACUCGAGGUAUGACUGUAUUUCCAUUGGCUCCCUUUGUGGGGAACCAUUGGCCCUCCAGAUGUUGCUAAACUACAACUCCCAUCGCUAGUCCAUUAGAACAAAUGGGGCACAGCCCCACCAAACUCAGUUGGUCUUCAGCCAGCCCCCAGCUACCUGCCUUCUUACUUACAACCUGUCCAAACUGGCUGUCAGCUUGCUCCUCCUCAGUCUCGAGUGUUUCCCUUGCAGAACUCGGCAUAAUGGGGACAAGACAAAAAUCAGCUGCCUCUGGCUGUCUCUGUGUUGGGUCAACUUUCGGGCUCCUUGCCUUCCGAACUAUCGCUUCCAGUGGCCACGUGGCAAGUGUGCCUGUUUGGCUGAGAGGAUGGGCGUUAUAGUUCAGCAACAUCUGGAGAGUCAAAGGUUCCCAAUACCAUCAUUGUGGGUCCCGACACUCCCACUGCUGCUUGGGGAGAGUACGGGGAAACCGGAGCACCAAAAAGUAAAAGCAUCAAAAUGAGAAGACAUGGAAAGAAAGCCUCUGCCUGGAAGCUGCAUUAAACACGCACACCCUUAUGCUAAUCCCUGCGGACACACUUUGGUGCUAUUGUUAGCAUCUGUGUGAGAGAUGGCCCUGCACGGCCGUCAAGAAGAUAAUGGGAUGGGGUGGAGCAACCGCUGGGCGUAGGAGUAGCACAACCGCAGCUGCACACCAAGUCCUGAUUAAUAGCCAAGGAAGAGGCACACAAUUGGUAAGACAGAGCUUUGGCGUCAGUGUGUGUGUCCCUGCACCAAAACGAAUAUGAGUUAGGGAUCGUUGCAAUGUGGAGUGUUUUUUUGUCCAGCCUCCCAGUCUCCCCACUCCAUUCGGCCUUCCCUCUGGUUUCCCUCCCCCGGCCUGCCACAGUCAGCUUUCCAUCCCCAUGGAGCGUGAUCAGUCCUCAAUGGCAAUGAAAUAUACUCGGAGUAGAGAGUGGAUUUUAUGCUCUUUAUUCAGCUCAUAGUGGUGAGGAGGAAUGGAAGUUCCCCCAGAAUGUCUGCUUUAUAUACAUUAUUUACACAAUGGGCCCCACGUGAUUGGCUAAUUCCAGGAUUCUCCUGUAGGCCAAUAAGGUUGCGGAUUCUCUUCCACCUGGAGCUGGAUUGGGUGGCUCCUGUAGACCAAUCAGACUGCUGCAUUCUGGAUCGUAUUGUUCUAGGACCAAUCAGACUGCUGCAUUUUGGAUCCUAUUCAACUCAGUACAUAACAGGCAACACACCCUUUUAUUUCCACUGGUGGUCUGUGUUCAUUAGGACUGAUAGGGUGGAAAGCAGGGAGCCCAACAGCAGGUGGCGCCAGAGCCAAUGACAGGCACAGCCAACUCAUUCUAGUUUUGUCCCCAUCCUCAUCCCUGCUGAGUUCUGGAGGGGGCAGCAAUGAGCUGGAGGAAAAGGAAGCUGACAGGCUAUAUGUCACCCCUGAGUCUGGUUGGAAGCAAUGUUGAACUGCAAUUCCCAUCACCCCUGCUCAUUGGUCAAGCUAACUGUGGCUGUUGAGAGUUGCCCCCAGAUGAUGCUGGACCUUGGCUACCCCUGGGAGACAGUGUCAGCCAUGGCUCCAACCUUUAGAGAGUACUGCCACCAUUAGGACUGUCAUGGAUUUAAGAUGGUGGUAAAAAUUCUCCGUAGGGAAAAUGCUGGAAAAUGGCAACAUGUUCAUCCAAAUUGAACGCUGCCCUUUUUGUACAUUCCAAAAUAUAUAUACAUGAAACUUUGGAAUUAUUUUCCCUCAGGCAUGACAUUUGUUUAAAACACAGUAUGGUGUCGCUCAGCAGAAUGCCAAUCAACGUCGGUUUUUUAAUUUAAAAAAAAAAAAUUGGACAAGGACUUAAAAAUUGCUAUUAGUGAAAAUGAUUUCACACGUCUGACAGAUCUAUUUUUAACGAGGGCUCCAAUUAUGUACUGUCUGAUUCUAUGAAACAGACUCACUUGCCAUUCAUAUUGAAAUAUCAGCAUUUGUACAAUCUAAAUCCUUUACAAUUGGAAGAGAACCAGCUAUAAAAGGCUCAAAUGAGUUUGUGUCUGGAAAUUAUCUCUCGCCAGCAUCCCCCAAUCUGUUUCAACGUUUUAAAGCAGUCCAGACAAGCUGAACAGCCCUUUUGAGAGUGGGGAGGGUGCUCUCAGGCACUCAUUGUAUCUGAUUACAUAUAAAACAGGAGUAGCUUGAGAAGGCUGGGGAUUAGAUUGUCCUUGCACUGGAGUGAUUAAAAAAAAACCCACAAGCGGAUUCUUUAUCCUAUGAUUCAAAGCUUUUAUGUGUGGCCUGAGAUUUUCUGAAACUCCAAAAAACCUUUUAAUGUUUUUAAUUUCCAUAAAUUUGGGCAUACAAGUCACCUAAGGCAGUUUUAAACACAACCCUGUAGACCCCAUAUCACCUACGAAAAAUAAACGUAUUCUCUGUUCUUCCCUCCUCUUUCUUUGUUAUGCACCAAAUUCUAGAUUGUAAACUCUCUGGGGCAAAGCUCUGCCAUCUUGUGAUAUAUUUCAUACACAUUUAUUGCGCUAUUGGAUUUGGUUGGCAUUCAAACCUGUGGUAUGGGAAAGCAAAAGUACAUAAAGGAUUCCACAAUCAUAUAAUCAGAAAGUCCCUUGAUAAAGGUAUAGUUUUACACUUUUUAUCUUUCGGCUUGCCCACAAGAAAGCAUUUGCGGCAUCUUGCCUCUUUAAUGUUGGGGGUCUGUAUUACGUUCUUCCCAUCCUAGUGUUGUCCUGGACUUUUGCCCUUUUAAAUGCUGGGGGUUUUGAUCCUAAAAAAUGAUUAAAAUAAAACCCAACAACAACCUCCAUUUUAAGCGAGAAAGAUUAGUGACAACAAUGGCAGGGCAGGGCAGUCUGCAUUUUGCUCCCAAGUGGACAACCCCCAUUCUUCCUCCAAAGCAUACCUGGUUCUCUAAAGGACCACUGGAUGGUUAAGUCCAGUCAAAAGGCGAUUAUGGGGUUGUGGCGCUCAUCUCACUUUCAGGCCGAGAGAGCCAGUGUUUGUUCAAAGACAGCUUUCUGGGUCAUGUGGCCAGCAGGACUAAACCGCUUCUGGCGCAAUGGAACACCGUGACAGACCAGAGUGCAUGGAAAUGCCAUUUACCUUCCCGCCACAGUGAUACCUAUUUAUCUACUUGCACUGGUCUGCUUUCAAACUGCUAGGUUGGCAGGAGCUGGGACAGAGCAACGGGAGCUCACCCCGUCAUGGGGAUCCGAACCACCAACCUUCUGAUCGGCAAGCCCAAGAGGCUCAGUGGUUUAGACCACAGCGCCACCCACGCCUUUACCCUGCCUUCCUUAUAUCCCGAUGACAGCCCUAUGAGGCAGACUAGGUUCAGAGGGUGACUGCCCCCAAAGUCACGCAGCGAAAUUCAUAAUGGGGCCUCGAGUUCUAGUCUUAACACUGCCUACUUCAUUAUUCUGGAUCUUGCCAUCAAAUACCAUCUCAGACUAGUUGUUCAAAACCUUUCAGGGGGAGAGGCAAGCCACCACAAUAUGGCCACCAGCGUCUACCCCCUAGAAUUAAGUAUGGAAUGACACACAGAGCAGAAACAUGUGGCAAAUGGGUGUCCCCCAACUUCCUUUCACAUGGACCACUUUAAAAUUCUGAGGUUUACGGUGGGCCCCUUAAUGAUUGUUCAGCCAACAAUAUGACAACAACAACAAAACCUAUUAUGUAUUCUAUAAAGCGGGACUCGACAGGACUUUGGUCUGGUCCAUAUCAGCCGACUGUGCAUAAGGAAGAAUUUGAGCAGGUGUGUCUCUUUUCGCCCCUGCAGCGCGAAAAUACAGAAGCUGCAACUUCUAAAAUCCCCUCUCCUACACAACUGUUAAACCUACAUGUUCUUAAUCACAGCAUCUGGUCCUCGUAUAUGCAAAGGAGUCUUGCAUCCUCGUCCUCCACCGGAUGCACUCCCAUGCAACUUUAAUUGUGAGCACAUCCUACUGAGUUCAGUUGAACAUCUUUCUGAAUAGAUCUGUUCUGGGUUAUGCCACAGUGUUAUAGCCUUACAUGCUUACAUGAGUAAGCCCCACUGAAGUGUAGUUGACUAGGGCCUGGGGGAGAAGGGUUCAAAUCUGCUCUCAGCCAUAACACUCACUUGGUGACCUUAAGGCAGUUACAAUCUCUUGGCCUAACCUACCUUACGGGAUUCUUGUGUGGAGAAAAUCUGGAAUAUGGAUGCAAUGCAGUGUGAUGCAAUAAAAGUCAACGAGGCUUUUGAGCACAUGUUUUACAAUGUUUAAAUUUCGUAAGAUGCUUUGUGGGAUAAAGAUAAUACAUCUAAUGGAACAGGCUCAUGCGCCACAGCUUCAGUCUCAUGCAUGCUUACCUGGGAGUAAGCACUAUUGGACUCAGCAAGCCUUAUGUCCUUGCCCCAGAUACUCCUUUCCAAACUCCUCUUAACACCUCAAAGCCCACUGUGAUCCAAAAAGGGAGCAAAAUUUGGCUAAGUACCAACCAGUUGCCCCCAUUUGCUGUAGCAACAAACAGACUGCCCCCCUUGCGCCCUACAAAUAUGAAAGGGAACGAGCCUCUCUUUCAGAUAAAUUGGAGGCAGUAGAUUUCACGCAGCAAAAAGUCCUUCUGAAUGUUUUCCCUCUCCUGUUUGCAAUACACAGUGCUUUUUUCCCUAAAAUAAAUGUUUACGAGUACUCUCAUUUUCCUACUCAUAUUGAAAUACUGCCCCUCAAUGAGGCCAAACUUAGAUUCACAAAAUAUUUAGGGGUAUGUAUCCCCCCAGGAAAAAAAGCACUGGCUAUGCAUAUAUAUGCUGCAGAAAAUGGCAACUUACUCAAACCAAGCAUUUUGGGUGUGUGUACGGGGGUUUGAUAUUUAACAGUCACAUCAUAAAUUUACAUUUAUUGUGGCCUAAACUCUCGUGGAUUAGAUGCCACUUCAAGUAGGCUUACUUGAAGUGGCCUCAAAUCCACGGGAGUUUACGCCACAGUAAAUUAAAAUUGUUUAUGUGGCUGUUAAAUAUCAAACCUCUAGGGGUCACUGUUGUUUUUAAAAAGAAGCAAGCGAAAGGAAUUCUAUAAUUUCAGCUGAAUUAAGCUAGCUGGCCUCCUAUUAUGGUUUAUUUAUAUACAGUGGUACCUCGGGUUAAGUACUUAAUUCGUUCUGGAGGUCCAUUCUUAACCUGAAACUGUUCUUAACCUGAAGCACCACUUUAGCUAAUGGGGCCUCCCACUGCCGCCGCACCGCUGGAGCACGAUUUCUGUUCUCAUCCUGAAGCAAAGUUCUUAACCUGAGGUACUAUUUCUGGGUUAGCAGAAUCUGUAACCUGAAGCAUAUGUAACCUGAAGCGUAUGUAACCCGAGGUACCACUGUACUGCUUUUUAAUCCAAGGCAACACUCCUGAAUGAAGGUCUACGAAAUGGUUUGAUUUUAGAAAACCACUCCUCUUGCAUCACCAGUGUUUUGUCAUCCACUCUGGUACAGGCUUCCUCUCCAAACCCUGUGUUUUGUUUCACAUUCUUCAUUUAAGGAAGGUUGACAUUAGAAUACCAAACAAGAGAGCCUGCAGCAGUAACCACCCUCUCUGGGAAUCCCAUAUCAUAUUCUUGAGUCCUAAAUCCAGCAAAGAUAGAAAAAAAGAACAAGAAGAAAGAGAGUGGAGGAAAGGUGGAGCAAGCCACAAAAACAACACUCAGAAAUGCAGGGGUGGGGAGAGAGAGAGUUGGCCACAUCUGCACCAUAUAUUUAAAGCUAUCUUAUAUCAAGGGUUCCCCAAAGGUACCCUGGGAACUGUAUUUGUUAAUAUUUCCCGUGACAUCUAUCUGCAUCCUUUUAAAAAACUAGUCCCAGGAUUCGUUGGGGGAAGACAUAUUGUAUAAGAGUGCUUUAAAUGUACGGUGUGAUGUGACAUGUUAUCAUCUCACCUGUAAUAUACUACAGUAUUUGUUCUUUCACAAGCACUGCAGCAAAAUGUUGCAGUGCAGAGCACUCCCGUUCAGGUUACAGUGGUACGUUGGGUUACAUACGCUUCAGGUUACAUACGCUUCAGGUUACAGCCUCCGUUAACCCAGAAAUAUUACCUAGGGUUAAGAACUUUGCUUCAGGAUGAGAACAGAAAUCGUGCAGCAGCGGCACAGCAGCAGUAGGAGGCCUCAUUAGCCAAAGUGGUGCUUCAGGUUAAGAACAGUUUCAGGUUAAGAACAGACCUUCAGAAUGAAUUAAGUUCUUAACCCGAGGUACCACUGUAUUCCACUCAGGCUACUGCUUCUCAUUCCUUUCUACUCCCCACCACACCUGCUCUAGAGUAAGUCUGUGGUGUGUUCUCACUGAAUCCUCAUUGGGCUGUUCUUGGGUUGUCAACCUCUCUUAUCCUUCCAUAGAGCACUUCUGCAAACCUGAGGCCUCCUGCCAAGGCUGUUGGUAUCUGCCCCUUGUGCAUUGGUGGUGCUGUUUUGGCUUCAUGAGCGACAGCACCAAUGGCACUCACAACCUGAAUAUUGGGAUUUGAUGAAAUGAUUUAUGAUUGGCUGAUAAAGUGGCUGGGGAAACCCAGUCAGAUGGGUGGGGUAUAAAUAAUAUUAUUACAGUGGUGCCUCGCAAGACAAAAUUAAUUUGUUCCGUGAGUUUUUUCGUCUAGCGAAUUUUUCGUCUUGCGAAGCACGAAAUCCCAUAGGAAUGCAUUGAAAUUCAAUUAAUGCGUUUCUAUGGUCAAAAAAAAGUCCAAACAAAGCCAAAUUUGGUACAACAAGAGUUUAUUAAGUGCUCUUUAAAGUCACACAUACUGUAAAGAGCAUUUCAAAAAUUGAAGGAACAAUAAAUUAAGUUUCUAAACAUGACAGAAAAACAUUUAAAAAUCAACAAAGUGUACAGUACAUUUUCUAAGACUCUGGGGGACAACUCGAAGAAGGUUCCUCUUCCACUCUUUUCUUCUUGAUGAAGAAACCCCUCCUCAACUGUUCCCCCAGCCAGCCACCACACAGAAAUUCAAAUCCAGAAACUUUUUUAAAAAAACAGCAGAGUGGCCCAAUGGUCACAGAAAAUCAUAAAAAUGCAGGAAAAAAACACACAAGCUUCCAGAUUCUUGCAAACCCCUCCCCAACACCAAGUCCUUGAAUUCCAAACACCCCAACCCAAAAUCCAAAAACCCCCAAAAAAAGUUUUAAAAGAAGUUUUGGAAAAGCUUCAAAAAUCACCAAAGUCUUCAAAAACCUCAAAAAAGGCUACCACACCGCGUUCUAUGAGUUGCUCCUCGAAGUCAAGUCGCAACUGUAUUAACGGUGUUAAGAAAAAGGAAACAAACUUGCAAGACGUUUUCGUUUUUCGUCUUGCGAAGCAAGCCCAUAGGGAAAUUCGUCUUGCGAAGCAGCUCAAAAAACGCAAAACCCUUUCGUCUAGCGAAUUUUUCGUCUUGCGAGGCGUUCGUCUUGCGGGGCACCACUGUAUUAUUAUUAUUGUUGUUGUUGUUGUUGUUGUUAGAGCUUGUUGACUGAACACACACCACAGAUUCAAAUCACAAACCCCCAAAGAGCCCUUGGGAAGAGUAGUUUGUUGCAGGCGCUUUGGAACUGUAGCUCUGUCACAAGUAAGUUAUAGUUCUCAGGAUUCUUCUGUGGGGGUGGGGGGGAGGAAAAUUCCUUUAAAUGUAUGGUGUGUAUCAGGCUUCCUCAACCUCGGCCCUCCAGAUGUUUUUGGCCUACAACUCCCAUGAUCCCUAGCUAGCAGGACUAGUGGUCAGGGAUGAUGGGAAUUGUAGUCUCAAAACAUCUGGAGGGCCGAGGCUGAGGAGGCCUAGUGUAGAUGCAGUCAACAGGCCCCAUUGGCCAAUAAUAAUAAUUUCAUCCAAUUCCACUAUUCAGCCAAAACCUUACCUGUGUAGUCUAGAAUUUUCUGGUAUUUAGUGUCAGAAAUUAAUGACAAUCUUGGGUUGCCAGUUCCAUUUUAUUUAUGAUAUAGUGGUUAGAGUGUCAAACUAGGAACUGGUACACAAGGGUUCAAGUCCCCACUUGGCUAUGAAGCUCACUGGGUGACCUUGGGCCAGUUACUGCCUUUCAGCCUAACCUACCUCACAGGGUUGUUGUGGUGGUGGUGGUGAUUAAAUGAGAUGGGGGAAAACAAUGUAUGCCACACUGAGCUCCUUGAAGAAGAGGGUGGGAUAUAAAUGCAACAAAUAAAUGCAUUGAUAUUAUUACAAUUUUACUAUUUUAUCAUUUUAACUUGUACGAUUCAUUGAGACAGAUUUGUAAUAGUUGGUAUAUACAGUGCUUUUUUUCUAAAAAAAUGUUUAGGGGUACUCUCAUUUUGACACAAGAAAAUCACCAUUUUUGAGUGUGGAUUUCAUGCUCUUUAUUCAGCUCAUAGUGGUGAGGAAUGAAAGUUUCCCCAAAAUAUCUGCUUUAUAUACAUUAUUUACAAAAUGGGUCGCACAUGAUUGGCUAAUUCUGGGAUUCUCCUGUAGGCCAAUCAGGUUGCGGAUUCACUUUCACCUGGAGCUGGAUUGGGUGGCUCCUGCGGACCAAUCAUACUGCUGCCAUGUUCUAGGACCAAUCAGACUGCUGCUUUUUGGAGCCUAUUCAAUUCAGUACAUAACAAUUUUAUAAUUCAAAUCGGGGGAAAUAAAUACAAUAAAUGGACAAAAGUACAAAGAUUCACAAAAUGUUUAGGGGUAUGCGUACCCCUGCGUCCCCCCAGAAGAAAGCACUGGGUAUAUAAAUUCACUGAUAAAUAAAUGCAGAGAGACCAUAAUUACCCAAGGGCCACUCUUACAGCUGUUUUUCUUAUUUUUUGUAGGUUUCACAAGCAACUGUAGCUCUUGCCACAAAAGGAAGAAAAGAGGAACUGAAAAUAACCACAAGCUCUUCAGUUCUCUUUAUUACACGCAUAUGAUUCCAUGUCUUUGUAAACAGAAAAUCUUUCGCUCACUGAGGAAGGAGAUGGUGUAGAAGUUGUGACAAGCUGUGGCAAGAGUGAGAAAAUAUUGAAUGGAAUGGGAUAUUGCAUGCACAGCAUUCACAUGCCAUUUUGCAAUGCUCAUUCACAAAACAGUUUGCAAUAUAAAAUCAAUAAUUCAUAAUAGGUAGGGACAGUAAUCCAUUAAAAUCAAUAUAACAAAUGCCACAGUGUAUUGUUGUAAACAAAAAAUUGCCCUUUUCCCUUAUGGGGUAUCCAAGAGCCCAUAUAGAGUCCUUACAUGGGUUCCCUAUUGGUAGGAGAGAAUAACAGAGGCCAACCAGAGAAUAUUGAGAAGCAAAGCCGCUAGUAAGCCUGAUCUUUAUUGAUCUGUUGCAACAGGGGGCUCCCCUCACCCGCAGGAGAGGAGGAGGGACCCAGAAAAAUAGUGUGCAAGGCCUUAUAAAGACUUUUGAAAUUGCCACCCUGUAGAUCAAGCCCAUCCCCCAGAAACAUCAUACAUACAUCACAGAAGGGGUGUAACCUAAGACCACCCCUCAGAUACAUCACACCUACAUCACAGAAAAGGCGGUCUAAACAGAAAUUUAAAUGUUGUUUUUCUCUUGUCCUUGUUUAUCUCCUGUCUGGCAGGUUACUUGAGUGGAUUGCCUGGGGAGCCUGGCCAUUCUUUUGUAGUGAUAAAUACUUAGUUCCUGGGCCAGGUCACAGGCUCUCACCCUAUUCAAACACAGACAUACCCUUAAGACAGGAUUUGUGAAGAAAAAGACAAUGGGGAAGCUUUUCCACUUUGACCAUGGAGAGAAAACGUUUGCUCAGUUUAGGAAUCAAGAUGGCUUCAGGUUGGUCUUCCUGUGCUGAUCUAUGUACGUGCAGUUAUGAACAUUACCAUAUAUCUAAGACCUCAAAAUUCCUAUCACAUUAUCCACGCUCUCGUAAAAUCUCCCAGUUGGAUUACCUGGAGUUGCUUGUGAAAACAAUCUGGAGAGUUGAGACUGGUCCAAAACAGGGUAGUAAGAUUGCUAACCGAGACUGGAAGAUCCAUCAGUCUUUUGCCAUCUGCACUGAUUUCCUGUUUAUUUCUGGACUCCAUUCAAAGUGCUGGCAUUAACCUUUAAGUCCGGCGCCACCUGGUGGCUAAACUGUAUAUGACAUGAACUGCACAGACUCAGUUUGCCAGCCCAAAGUACUGUAACUACCGUAUUUUUUGCUCUGUAAGACUCACUUUUUCCCUCCUAAAAAGUAAGGGGAAAUGUGUGUGCGUCUUAUGGAGUGAAUGCAGGCUGCGCAGCUAUCCCAGAAGCCAGAACAGCAAGAGGGAUUGCUGCUUUCACUGCACAGUGAUCCCUCUUGCUGUUCUGGCUUCUGAUAUUCAGAAUAUUUUUUUCUUGUUUUCCUCCUCCAAAAACUAGGUGUGUCUUGUGGUCUGGUGCGUCUUAUAGAGCGAAAAAUACGGUAAUUUGACAGCCGGCUGGAUCAGCCAAAGAGCUAUUUCUCUAGUCCUGCCUGCAAUUCUCAUAGUGGCGAACCAGGGGCUUAUGGGAAACUCGCAAGUAGGACCUGAGCGCAACAGCACUCUCCCCACUUUUAAUUCCAGGCAGCUGGGACUCUCUGACAGUGGAGGCGGAACAUAGCCUUCUUUUAAAGCCAUCCAACUUGAUGAGCAUCAUAGCAUCCUGUGGCAGGGAGUUCCAUAGCUGAACUAACUACGUGUCCUUUCGCCUGCCCUGAAUCUUCCACCAUUCAGCUUCAUUGGAGGACCCUGGUUUCUAUUAUUAUGAAAUAAAGAGAGAAACUUCUCUCUAACCACUUACUUGCUUAAUUUUAUGCGCCUCUAUCACCGAAAAGCCACAUAUAUUACAUCAGUGACCAGAACUGAGCACAGUACUGUGGGUGUAAUUUGGGGAAAUGGGUGAAAUUGCAUCAGGUGCUUAGAGCAUGUCUUAAGCAUCCCACCCCCGUACCCCCACGUCCGGAUUCUGCUUAAAGAAAGACCCCAUUGCAAUGGGGUGGUUAGAAACAGUCGAAGGUUAAUGCCUAAAGCAUGGAUCAUCCACGCACCCUUUCUUUAAGCAAUCUGUGUAUGUGCAAUAUCAUCGGCAGGAGUGUGAGGUGUUCACUGAGAGCAAGGUAUUUGCUUUGUACAAGGCAUCAGCAGUGAAGGUAAAGGUUACAUGCUAUAUGGUAGAGAAUUGUGAGCUGGUAUGGUAAAGUCCUAGUGGAUCUCUGUAAACUUGUACAUUUACAAGCUUUACAGUGGUACCUCAGGUUAAGAACUUAAUUCGUUCUGGAGGUCCGUUCUUAACCUGAAACUGUUCUUAACCUGAAGCACCACUUUAGCUAAUGGGGCCUCCUGCUGCUGCUGCGCCACCGGAGCACGAUUUCUGUUCUCAUCCUGAAGCAAAGUUCUUAACCUGAAGCACUAUUUCUGGGUUAGCGGAAUCUGUAACCUGAAGCGUAUGUAACCUGAAGUGUAUGUAACCCGAGGUACUACUGUAUUUCUAAAACCCAGAGGCGCCAGCUUGCGAAGGCAAUGGUGGGGGGGGGGCUAUGACAUGCACGUGAUGUCGGAAGAGUCAGGGGAGGGCUGGCCCCCACCCUAAAAACAUUGAGGGGGUUCAAAAGGGCUUGGCUCCCAAGAGCUGGCGCCCUUGCUAAAACCAGAAGAACUGUGCUAUAGGAGAUUAGUUCAUGAUGUACCAGCCUCUCUUAAAGUUUAUGUUGCUAGUGUGUUUUAAGCUUGUCUUAAACACUUUAUACUUUGAAGUGAACUGAGCAGGCAAGGAGUUUCCUUAAGCAAGAACUCCGUAAAAGAUUGACUACUGGAAAGCAGGGGCGAAUCUACACUGGUCGGUUAUAGCGUUAAACAUGUGUUAUAAAAAGGUAACACCAGAGGGUGCUGUAGAGCAGCAAACCUUAGGCAAUGGGAAAUUGCUUUGAGAGCUACUGUAUAUUACAUUGUUGUUUUUACAGAUUUUUUACAGAUCAGUGUAGAUCCAGCCCAGGAAAACUCUGGUGUUCUGCUGGAAAACUCUGCUGGAGCUGUGCAUGCUCCACUGAUCACACAGGUCGAAGUGUGGUGUAGUAGCAACAACAGAUGGUGGGCCUAAGUUUAACAGGUUAUGAGUCAACCGACUUCUACAAGUCUAACAAAUAUUGUAUAGAGCAGUCACACUUUGUGUAAGGGCAUUAUGAUAUGGACAGUCUUAUUAUCAAUCAAUUGUAACGACCCCUACCACAGAAUUUAUCUUUUUUUAUUAAAAAAAAACCCAACUACAGCUGCACAUUGGGUCAGCAUUUGCAUUCAGCUAUGGAAAUUCCAAGAUGUGAAGUUCAGAUUCUUUUGCCCCAAUGUGCAUUACUUUGCACUUGCUUACAUUUAAUAUUAUUUGUUGUUUUAAUGCCCUUUCACCUACUUUGGAAAUAAUAUUUUGGGGCUAUGUGUGAUAUAUACACAUACAUAUAAACAUGGCAGGUGAGGAUGGAGUUAAUUGGCAAUGAACUGCUAGAAGUACAGUCUGUGACCCUACAAUUGAAAUACUUUUCACAGCAGCAGUGAUUGUCAACACAAUUGUCUUAGUGUUACUGGAGUCAACCUUUAAAACCCAAAUAAGGCACAGAAACCUUUUUUAGGCCUGUGGAUUGUUGAGUAAAUGCUGUGGUCAUCACCCUCUUAAGUCACUUAUCUGAGGGGAAUAGGUGUUUCUCAACAACUCGCAACACCUUUAAGAAACUAGUUCCCAAGUCUUUGGGGGAAGCCAUGAGAAUUUAAAGUGGCAUGAUACUGCCUUAAAUGUAUAGUGCUGAUAAAGUCGAGAGAGAGGAAUUGAUUGAGUUUUUUUUGCUUUUUUGUGUGUGAUUUUUUAUAUUAGUUUUGCACUAACCAUGCAGAUCCACACAAAGCAUUUAAAUCACAUUCAGUGCAUGUAAUUUUCUGUGACACACACUUAAAGCAGAGGAUUUCUCUCAAAGAAUCUGUGAACCGUACUUAGGAAUGCUACGCAUUGCAGCUGUGAGGGGAGAAACUACAGUUCCCAAAUAUUCUUCAUGUUGUCUGUGCAUUGCAUGCAUUUGAAACGCAUGGCGUGGAUACGUUAAGUGUGUUUUGAUGUAAUUGCUUUAAACCUAACCUUGAGAAAUGUCGCCCAGAAAACUCCUGUUAGGAGGGGGAAAGAGCAGAUGCAAAUAACAAAGCAAGCAAACACGCUGGUGUACAUUCUUCGGGAAGUAACUGAACGCUAACUUUUGUUUUUGAACAGUUAUUUUUAUCUGCGAGCUGCCUCGAGUCCCGUCCGGGGGAAAAGGCGGCGUAUAAAAUAAAUAUAUUAUUUCAACAACUAGUAUUUUCCUGAUUUCGGUUCCCCACCACCACCACCACCCCUAGUCUUUUCCUCACAACUAGAUUCGUUGGGGGUGGUGUUUUAUUCCUUUUUUUCUUUUCCUUUUCCAAAGUGUAUAUUCAGGUAAAACCGGUAUUUACGCUCUCCCCGCCACCCCCGUCUUCAUUUUGUAUGCGCACAUCACGUACGCGAGGCGAGGCGUUUGUUUCGUUUCCUUUAUUCGAUUAAAAUUUUAAAUAAAAAUAAAAAUUGGAGAACGAGUAAUAUAACAGAAUGAAAAAAGGAAACGCGCAAAAACAAGGGAGGUAAAGAGCGCGUGCGCGAGGAGGUUGGCGCCCCCUUCCCCCUCCCCUCCUCACCAGUUUCCUUCAGAAACGCUUUUCUCCUCAGGGACGGAGCAAUCUUGUCCCACGCCGGGCGCCGUCGGCGGCGGGAGUCAGCUUGCCUGCUUGCCUGCCUUGCCCGCCUCGACAGGGCGGCGCUGUGAAGGGGGCGUGUGACGCCGGCUGCCGGCUGCUGUCUUUUCCUCCUGCUCCUCCCUCUCCCUCAGUCCGCCUUUCCUUCGCCGCUUAUUUAGGCUCGGGCGCCCCUAUUCCGCGCCGCUUCCUCGCGCGCUUUCUUUUUCGUCGCCUGCCUGCCUACCUCCCUCAGUUCCUUCCAUGGCGUUCAGGCGGGUCGUUGCGGUGGCCGCGGCCGCCGCUUGCGGGUUGGCGGGCGGCUCUGUCUUCUUCUCUGCGGUGCCUCUCGGGAAGCAGCAGCAGCAGCAGGUGGUGGGUAAAAGCUCCGGCGACGCCCCGGUUCCCCUACCUCCGUCCGCGGCUCCCCCGCCGGGGCUGCUGCUUCUGUCUUCGCCGGCCAACGCAGCCUCCUGCCCCGCCGCGGCGCCUGGCUGGCUGGAGAAGCCCAACUGCGGCUAUUGGGACGACAACUGGGACAGGUAAAGCGAAGCAUCUUCAGGCCUCUUUGAGGGCGGGCGAAAAUCCCGUUCCCCACCCCCGCCCCCCAAAAACACCUCCCCAAGGUAAUAGGAGCAGGCCAAGAUGCCGUAAGUUGGCAACCUUCAAAAGCACAGGAGCACGCCAGGCUGCUCACUUUGGGCAACCCCCUAUCCCACCCCCCAUGGACUUCGCCAUCGUCAUAUUUUAAUCGUUCGGUUGCUUUAUUAUUUAUAUAAAGUGCUUUUCCCUUCACCGGAAAAGAAAAUGAAAGUGAAAAAUGAAACGCUGCCUCUUCCCGGUUGUCGAAAGAGCUGCAUCUCCAGACGAUUUCGUGGGUUUGAAUUGCAGUGUUGCUAAAAGUGAGGGGGUGGAUUUUCCCGGCCUUUGCUUUAAGGAGCUGCUGCCUCUUAAUUACAUGUAUUUGAGGGCAUGGAGUGGGGGAUAGAUCAUGGGCUUUGUAAUAGGUGUUUUAAGACAUCGUGAUACAGAAAUACUUUGAUAAAUCAGAGUUGGUGGUACAACUCUGAUUGACUUUAUUGUCGUUUGGUACAGGAAUGACAGGCCCUUCGUCAUGUUAAUACAAAAUUUGGCAAGAAAUCCCUCGGGGAAUAAGGGAGAGACUUUUGUGAGUUGAAACUUGAGAACUUAGUCAAAAAGUGGAACAUAAAUCUGCUGAAAUAAGGAUUCUAAAUAGUCAUUUAGUCCAUGUGUCCCAAAAAAGUCAGGUAAAUGUCUCCAGGAAGCUGCAAAACCCAAAGGUAAUUCAUAACUCCUGGGAAUGCUCUCUGGAAACAAGUAGUUGCGGCUUAAGAGCCAUUGUCUAAUCCUAGCUGAAAGCCAUCUAAGUUCCUCACUACCUCUACAUCCUGUAGCAGUGUAUUUCAUUAAUGAUGUGUUGUGUAAUCUUUAUUAUGGAGUUCUGGCAUAAUAUAAACAGAUGCAGGGACUCUGCCCUGGCACAAAUGAAGGCUAUGUGGGGGUCUUUGUUUUGUAUGAGCUAGGAGUCCAAAUAAAAAUAACUUGUUUAAAUAGAAUUUAUCCAUUUUGAAUGGGGCUUAGUUGAUGAAACGUGCAUGUGAGUAAAUGCAAUUCUGCAGGAAAGAUGUAUGUUUUAAGUUAAGUGCCUGAAUUUGUUGCAGCGGGCAGUCUUCAUUGUGGAGAGAUGGGAAAUGUCUCUCCUAAUAUAACUCAACCAUUCCCUUCAGUACCUCUAAUAAAAAAGUACAGUUUUAAAAAUAUCUGCAGCCUAAUUAAACAAAAGCACAUUCUUAACCCAAACACGUUGAGUAACUUUACUGAAUUGCAAUCUUAGAAUGGAUUAUCUCCCUGUUUUUCCUGGAGAGUUACGCAGUCUAUACACACGAUCUGUUUCCUACCACAUUUGACUCCCUGCUUGCCAUUCUUAACAUUGAUUUUAAGGCCCAUAUUAUCACUGGGAGAGAAUCCCAAUCAAUUCAGUGACGGCAAAAUGUUAAAAAUACCUCAAAUAACAAACUUGUAUUUUUUACAAGCAGGUUUUUCUCCCAUCUUUUCAGUGUUCAGUUAUGGUUGCACAUUCUAAUUUGCAUUAGCAUUUGACUACAGCACUAAAUGGCUGUAGUUUUUCCUUACUAAACACCUUGAGUGACAAGAGGUAAAUGUGAUCCAGUGUGUUUAUUGCCAAACAUUUAUUCCAUCGUAUCUGGAUGCUCAGGGUGCCCAGAAACCUGAUUGUCACUUGUACUCAGCACUUGCUACCCCACCCACUUUCCAGCAAGCAGUUUUAUAUUUUCAACUAUUUCUGCCACAGGUCAAGAUUCAUCCCUAGUUGUGGCUUGUAUUGGCUCAGAUGGCUUCUUACACAGCUUUUAACUACAGGCAGUGCUGAAAUGCACAUGUAUGUUACUGUGAAUAUGUGAUUUAGACAGACUUCUGGUAAAUCUUGUGAGAUGUGGUUGCUGAACUUAUAUCUGAGAACCACACUUGUACUUCUUGCCACUUCCCUAUGUUCACCUUAAGAAAUGUUGAGAAACUUAAUAGGAGAAGUUGCAUUUCAGUUUAUGAAAGCUUAAUGUGAACAAACCCUAACUGAUGUCUGCCCCUGAACUGGUAUUUAUGCUUCACCCUUGUUUGCUGAAGCACAGCUGUGCCUGGGGUGGAAAAUGAAAAUUGAGGAGUAUACCCAGCAAUUUUCAGCAGGAUGUGGAUUCAUUCUCUUAAUAUCCAAGGAGAUUUAAAUUGGUGAUGAGUCAAAAUUAUGAAUUCAGCACUCACAUUGUUAAUAAACUCAAGACUCUUUACCAAGCCACAACAAUGCAAAUAUAAUUCCCCACUAGACAUAUUUAGGUGGUUAUGUUGACUCCUGACAGUUUAGGAGAGUCUUCUACACCAGUAUUGGAUGUGAAAGGACAUUUUAAUAAUUGAGGUUAGAGAACCUUCAGAGAAUCUCAAAAUAACAGAAAGUUUCCUGAUGAGAUUGGGUAUAAAUCUAUUAAAUAAUAUACAGUGGUACCUCAGGUUACAGAUGCUUCAGGUUACAGACUCUGCUAACCCAUAAAUAGUACCUCAGGUUAAGAAUUCUGCUUUAGGAUGAGAACAGAAAUUGUGCAGUGGCUGCGUGGCGGGAGCGGAAGACCCCAUUAGCUAACGUGGUACCUCAGGUUAAGAACAGUUUCAGGUUAAGACUGGGCCUUCGGAAUGGAUUAAGUUCUUAACCUGAGGUACCACUGGAAUGAAUUAAGGUACCACUGGAAUGAAUUAAGUUACUAACCCGAGGUACCACUGUAUCUGCUUGCACUCUGACAUGCUUUUGAACUGCUAGGUUGGCAGGAGCUGGGAUCAAGCAACGGGAGCUCACCCCAUCGCAGGGAUUCAAACCGCCAACCUUCCGAUCGGCAAGCCCAAGGCUCAGUGGUUUACACCACAGUGCCACCCGCAUCCCACUGGGGUGAUGGUAGAUGUAGUCUAAAACAUCUGGAGAGUACCAGGGUAGGGAAGGCUAAGCUAGAGGGAAGUGCUAAGCUUAUACUUUUAUUUAAUUCCUUCCCAGAUGGUUCUAUCUCUGGUUUAAUAACCCUAAAUCUGAGCAAAAGUCCUCCCACCUCCUAAUUUUAUAAUGGCUUGGCACCACUACACAUUGCAGAUGUGUGCACAAAUAAAUGAGAGGCUUAUUACAGAUAUGUCAUUUGGUGACAUCUGUUCAAACUUGGCUUAUUCCCUUCUAUGGCACAGCACUGCAGUUUUUCAACUGUACCCACCAUGGGAAAAACCACUUUUCUGUCUCACUUCAAAGUCUAUACUAUCUAGCUUUUCUUCAAAAUCGUUCUGAGAGCAGUGAAUAGGUAAACUCAGAACAGGUGCACAAUCAUGUGUCAGCUCAUAUGCUAGAAUUGUAAACUUUGGUAUUAAAAUUUUGCCUUGCUAGCAUGUUUCAAUUUUUAGCAUAUUUAACUUUUAUGCUGUGAACCGCCCUGUGAUCUUCAGAUGAGGGAUAGCAUACAAAUUUUAUAAGUAAUAUAUAUAAUAAAUAUUCUUUGGGUCCCUGAGGACUUUGCAGAGAAGUUCCUUGGACCGGUGUGAUAGCAAUGAACAAUUCGUUAUAUUCCUUGCCAGGCCAAUAUUUUUCAUUUUAAAACUUCAAGUUUUCUUAAUUUUGUUAAUAUGAAAAUUUUUUUUAGAGCUCAUCAAAAUUAAUUAGCCAGGCCAAUAGUCCAUCUAAUUCAAUAUUGUCAACACUGAUAGGCAGCAACUCUUCAGGGUUUCAAGCUUGGACCUCCCUCCCCCCCCCCCACUCUUUGGAGAUACUGGGGAUUGAACCUGGGACCUCCUAUAUGCUUUUCUGCUGAGCUAUGGCCCUUCCCCAAAGCUGUGAAGGCCAUACAUGUCUUCUGUUCUGUAUCUCAUACCUCUUAUCUCAUGGUUCUGCUUAAACUGUUAAGUACUAAGAUAACUUCUGGGUGUGAAUGGGACAUAAAACUAUCUGUAAAUAAACUAAAGGAAAAUAUGUGGGGUGGGUACAGUUCUGGCUUGUUUCUAACAUCCAGACUUCGGAAUUGCAUUAAGUGGUGCAUGUAUUUGCAGUUGUGCUAGUGGUAUUGUGGAAACUAAGUUGUUCCUAUUGUAGCAACUUCAUCAAGUAGCAUUUACAAUUUCUUCCCUUAAAAAAAAUAUGAUUCAAACUUGGUCAAGCUAAUUUGGGUUAAUUUCUUAAGCACCAAAUCGGGGUCUGAAUCAAAUCUAGUGGUUGGUGCACACCCCUACAAAGUAUGUGAGAAGAGAAAUACUUGGUGCUGCUAUAUUGCUGUUGUGAAAUGUAUUAAUAGCAUAAACAUCAUCAAAAAGAUGUAUCAAUAUUUAAUGUGUUCUGUGUGAUAGGGCUGUCUUAUAUAUACUUUCUUUUGUGCUAGUCCACUUUGUCUUCCAGAAGUUAAAAUAACUCUUUGACUCUUCUAUAAUAUUCCAAAACUUUAAAAAACCACAUUUGAGUACAUAAGCUGAUAAUUACUUCCAAGAAUUUCCCCUUUCAUUGCUAAAAGCUGAGACAGAUGUGAGAAAUCAGAACAGAAGGAAAAGAAUGGGGAAAUGUUCCAGAUGGAUGAUGGGAAAACCUACAAUCUUGUACCCUGUUGGCAGAAAAGAUCCAAAGAUAUUGGCUGAACUGGUGCAUUAAUGGGCCAGUGAAAAUACAGUGAUUAAUAAUUUCAGACACUGGAAUGAAACUGAGCAACUCCAAAUGGCUGCUUCAGAAGAUGAGUCUUGGUAUAGGGCUGGUUCAUGUACUAAUGCAGUGGUUCCCAAACCCCUCCCCACCAUAGAUCACUUAAAAAUUGCUUAGGAUCUUGGCAGACCACUUAAUAAAUUAUUUGCCUGCUGUAGUAGUUGUAGUGCACUGUGCUUAGAUGCUGUAUGAAUUUUUACGCACGCAUCGCAGACUCAUGCCUCAGUUCUUUGGUAUGUCUAAAAGUGUUUCUUUGGGCACCAGUCAUACCUCUAAAUCUCUCAUUGCCCUAGACUCCCGAAGCUUUGCAUUGCUGCCUUUUCUUUCUGGCUUCACAAACUGCCCCCAAACUGCCUUUCUCAAUGGGUAGAAAUGAGACAUUAUUGAGAUGUUGAACUUCUUAAUGAGGGAUUGCGUGGGGGAUAUAAAGUGAGCAUUGUUACAGUGGUACCUCUGUACCAAACACUUCUGGUUAUGAACGCUUCAGGUUAUGAGCUCCACUAACCCGGAAGUAGCUGCUCCUGGUUGCGAACUUUGCCCCAGGAUGCGAAUGGAGAUUGUGCACCAGAGGCAGGCCCCAUUAGCGAAAACGCGCCUCAGGAUAAGAACGGUUUCAGCUUAAGAAUGGACCUCCCGAACGAAUUAAGUUCAUAACCAGAGGUACCACUGUAAAUCUGGUUGAUUUUGUCAAGCAAACACGUUGCGCUGAAAAGGAUGUUGUUGGGUCACUUCAUUUGCAUGUCCAGUUAUCUUAUUACAGGAGUAUCUUAACAUAGAGCUCUAUGUAUGUUGUUGGACUCCCCAAUUCCCACUGGCCCCAGCCAGCAUGACCAAUGGUCAGGAAUUAUGGGCAUUGUAGUCAGACAUCUGGUGAGCACUAUGUUGGCUACCUCUGCCCCAUCGUUUAUUGAUACAGAAAUAUAAACUUCAAAAUGAUUUUCAGGAGAGAACCACUGGCUCUUAUGAACCUGAAAAAGAAAAAUGAAGAGACUGGGGAAGAGGAGAACUCAUCUCGUCUAGCCCACUACAAAGCAAAAGCUACCAGACACAUAUUCCUCAUACGCCAUUCUCAGUACAACACAGAUGGGAACAGUGAUAAAGAGAGAAUUCUGACCAAGCUUGGUACGUAUGACUGGCCCUUUCAUACCUCAGAGCUGGGGGAGAAAGCAAACUUGCCAGUUUAUUUACUGAUUUGAUUGCCUCUCGUUAAAAUGUGGGGUAGGGAAACUAUUCAGUCACCCUUAGUACUUCGUGGCAGAGACCAGAGUGUUGUUGUUAACAGGUAGAUUAUUUCCAUUGUGAAUUGGCAUUUAGGCAUUACAAACUUUUGUUGGUCAGCUGUGUAAAUAAAUAGUUGCAGUAGCUGUGUCAUUUCAUCCCCAAGUCUGUUGCCCAGCCUUUUCUGCCCCCAGUGCCUUCUCUGCCAAUGCUGGAAGAGCAAUAUUUGGCCUAGUUUGCUGUUGCAGUAAGGAGCACAGCUGGACACAUGAUUUCUUUCCCUCUUCUCCAACAUGACUGGCUUUUCUGAUGCACAGGAAAACUUUAUAUUGCAGCAUUUCUCUGUAGGUUCACUUGGUCUUGCCUAUUAAUCAAAUCACUAAGUCUAGUGGCUUUCAAAUCCCUCUUUCUCUUGCUUCUCAUCCCUUUGCUCUUAUUUGCUCAUUGCCUGUACUUGACUACCCUAAUCCAUGUGAAGGCUUCCUGCUCUUUGAGAAGAUCCCACCCUUGCUGAUUGGUAUGCUUUGAACUACCUCCCAGAAUACCUGUAUGUUGCCCCACCCCCCACUUCUUCAAAUCUUUCAAAGCCCUCCUUUUCCAUAUAGUCUUUGGCUCAGCACCCUAGUUCCCAUCUCCUAGCAACUAUUCCUGUCGCCAAGGCUAAGCAUAUGUAACUGAAACAAAUGCAUAUAUUUUCUUUACACUUGCCUACGCUACCCUUCCCUUCUACUUAUUUAUCCUCUCUUGAAUUUUAGAUUAUAAUUUUGUACUGCUAUAAAGCAUCGUACAUAUAUAUUUUAUAAUAUACCUUAUAUAUACAUAUAUAUAAAACAAUAUUAUUAAAUAGUUCUACAAACAAUGCAACCUUCUUCCUGAUUAAACAAACCCUUGAUUAGCAAGGAGGCCCCAUCUGGAAUUCUGCUUGUACUUCCACAUUCUCAAAAAUUCAUUGUAUCUGUUUGGAUGAAGAUACAAGUUGAAAGAACAGCAGUGCCAAUAACUGUUUGUGUAUCAUUGUGCUGGGACAAAAGGUCUACAUAAUGUAGAAAUCUUAUUUUACACCCCCCCCCCCGAAUGUGUUAAAAGACACACAUUGCAAUUUAUACAUUGCCUUAAUUUUCAGGUCGUGAACAAGCUGAGUUGACAGGGCAAAGGCUUGCAAGCUUGGGACUGAAAUUUGAUAAAAUUGUUCAUUCUUCUAUGACCAGAGCAACUGAAACAACCAACAUCAUCAGCAAGCAUCUUCCUGGUGAGUGAAUUCUCUUGUUGAAUCAGGAAACAUAAUUUGUUCUAAAUAGACAGUGUGGCUUUAAUAAACACCGAGUGGGCCAUGCAGACUAAGCUGGGUGCAUUCUUGAAUCAAAGCAUUGACAUAUGGUGCCUGAUUAAGCCCUUGCAUAGGCAUUUUAGAUGGGGAAUUUUAGUUGGAAUUGGGCUUUAUUCCCCCCUAAGUUUUAUAUCUUCAGUCUGCCUUUAUGUUAUUAAAAAAACAAAACACUACAUUUGUGUGUUACGUGAAUUGUUUGCCUGCCCUGGAAUAUUCUGAUGAAGGCCUGUUAAGUGUUUUUGAUAAAAAUCUCCCAUGUAUUCCUAAUAUAUUUACCGUUUAUUAAUUUUAAUUGUGUGAGAACCAAUAUUGACUGCAAAGUGGGAAAGAACACAUAGUGAUAUGUUUAAGAGAACAUUAGUACAUAGAAUAAUAGAAUCAUAGAAUUGUAUUGUACUGUUGGAAGGGACCACAAGGGUCAUCUAGUGCAACCAUGCAAUGCAGGAAUCUUUUGCUCAACAUGGGGCUUGAACACACGGCCCUGAAAUUAAGUCUUGCGCUCUACCGACUGAACUACCAAGGUGUUGCUGCAGAGGUUUGCCGAAAUUCUUUCCUCUAUGUUAGUGAUGGGGAACCACUCUGAUCCCCCAUGUCUGGAUGUUCUGAGAUAGGAGCGCAGGUGCACUGGGUUACCAUAGCAACAGAGCAAGCUCAAGUGUAUGACUUGCUGAGUCGUUCACCCUUCCAUUGGUUCAGGAGAUAUGCCUACGAGUAGAGACAGGUAUAAUAGUCACUGGGGCAUUGCUUUCAUUAUGUGACAUCUUGUCUGGUCCUAUUCUGAUGCUGCGCCUGUCCUGAUAUUGUUCUGUUUGCUGUCAGGGUCUGACUGAAUCUGUGAGAGUUGGGGGAAGAGGUUUUACACAGCAGCGUUAGCUAGCAUGGUGAUGGUAUUUGUGGGUCUGUACACAUGUAUCUUUACGUCAAGGACCAGAAGAACUGUACAUAGUAGGUAGCAGUGCUUAGCUUUGUCUUGUGUCUGGAGACAAUAAACUCUUUGUUACUUUGAACUGAGUGGGAGGAGUUUUUCCCUUAGAAUUCCCUUGGAAUUCUAGAAAAAACUGGCUGCUGGAAGCAAGAAAUCUCUUAAGACUCUGCUGGGGGCUGCACAUACUCUGCUGAUACAUCACACUGGCUGAGAUGUGAAAAACCAACUGGCUUCCACAAGUCACCAACAAGACCCUUUCUCUUAAUCUCUGUCUCUGACACGAUGCACAUUACUUGUACAAGGAGUACAUUCUAGCACAAAACCUUCAGGCCAUGUUUGUCUUCGUUGCUUGUCAUAACAUGAGUUUACAACCAGGGUAUUAAAAGAUUUGCAGCACCUUUGAUAUGCUAACUUACUUUGUAUAGAUGCAGAUCUAGAGUUUAAUGUCAGAGAUGGCCCUGGAGACAAGGCUCUGAAAUGCAUGUCUUCAUUUUUCUGCCCCCAGGGGUGAAGAAAUCAAGCACUGACCUUCUGCGUGAAGGAGCUCCAAUUGAACCAAAUCCUCCUAGCUCCCACUGGAAGCCAGAAGCUGUGGUAAGAUUUUUGUAUAAGCAAUUGCCUUAAGGUUGUGUAAUCUUUGGCUUUACUUAUAGCAAUGUAGACAAGUUUCCUCAGGUUUCUUCUGUCAUUAACAGAAUAUUUUAUUAAACGACAGCAAAAGGAACAAACAUUUCAGUAUAUCACUAGGGAGAGAACUCUAAAGAAUGGGAGCCACAGCAGCAAGGUCCUACCUUUUUUCUUUAAUCAUUCUGAACUCGGUGAAUGAGGAAACACAAAACAAAGCCCAACUUAAUGACCUAAUAAACAGGAUGAUGCACAGUUAGUAGCACCUCCUAUAAGUUAUCCAUUGCCCAGGCGGUGUAGAGUUUAAAAGGCACGACCCAGCACACUGAGUUUGGUCCAGAAGAGGUAUGUUCUGUGCAGUCCAUUUCUAUUGAUAAGAUGGACUUCAGAUGGUGGAGAAAAAUAGCCUUCAGUAGGGCAGUAAUCUCAGCAGGUUAUUGAGGUUGGAUAAUGACCCCUGUAUCUUGAUCAGAAAUGUCAAAAUCCUUUUCUGUAGCCAACGCUAAUGGCGAGUUAAAGAUGAAAAGCUUGUGCAUUUUUUAAUAUAUACAUCAAUAACCAAUUAUCUGCCUUUUAGCAGUAUUACGAAGAUGGGGCUCGGAUUGAAGCUGCCUUUCGAAACUACAUUCAUAGGGCUGAUGUAAAGCAGGAAGAGGAUAGCUAUGAAAUCUACGUCUGUCAUGCUAAUGUCAUUCGUUACAUAGUUUGCAGGUAACUAUGGCAUUGAAACAAACUGGUGGGUAUGGGAAACCUUCUGAUAUAGUUUAGAUUGGCUCUUCAUGACCAAAACAAUAAUGUGCUAACCCUUAACUUAAGCAAUCAAAUGCAUUUAGGGGUUCUGAGUUAUUUGGAGAGGGUGUGUGCACAGUAAAAUGAACAGCUGUCCAGAGAGCAUAUGACGGCCAGAUUAACUUGAAGCUUUGCUCUAAUCUCUAUUUUUGAGUAGGGGAUUUUAAAACAAAUAGACCUUCCAUACUAAACGUAUUAUGAAAUUUAGAAAUGGAAAAAUGAGAAUGCAGCUUAUCUAUUGCUCUGCUUGCCAGAACCUCCAAAUCCUGGACCAAAGUUUGGGUUAGCAAAACAAAUUAUUACUAAAAUCCAAAGUAACUGUCUAGCAGGUCUUCUGCCCCCAAGCUGUGAAACUGGAUUUCCCUUCUGGCAUCAAAUAAAUGUUCUGAGAGAUGUACAGUUGUCCCUCAUGUUACAUCCUGCUCAACUCUACCAUUUUUGGUUGCAUCUUCUAAGACAGUGUAACCUUGGUUUCUUUGAACUGUGCUGAAGACCUGUUUGGGUUGAAAGAGAUGCUGAAUUUAGUUAAGUGCUUCUGUUUUGGAAGUGCAGCAUGAGAACAGAGCAUACAGGCUUAAGCAUCCAUAACUAAAGUGCACUUAGCCUGCACUGCAUACUUGGGCUUUUAGUGCUAAAGUUUGAGCUCCCUGGAAUCAAUUACAGUUGUACCUUGGUUUUCAAACAGAAUACGUUCCGGAACUCUGUUAGACUUCCAAAAUAUUUGGAAACCAAGGCACAGCUUCCGAUUGGCUGCAGGGGCAUCCUGCAGCCAAUCGGAAGCUGCGGAAGCCACGCCAUAAGUUCGGCUUCCAAGGCAAAGUUCGCAAACCGGAACACCUACUUCCGGGUUUGCGGCGUUCGAGUUCCAAGUUGUUCGUGAACUAAGCUGUUCGAAAACCAAGGUAUGACUGUACCAUCCAAACUCACGAUGUUUAGGUGCCUACUGAGGAAAUUUCUGUUUAAGGAUUUGGCCCAGGUUGUGACUCAGUUAUGAGUGGAAUACCAAUAUUUUAUAUCUGAAAUGGUAGUUUUGCUGCUUUUUUCGUAGGGAUAACUUUAUUGUUUUUAGAGCUUGUUGAAUUUAUUUUUAGAGAUUAUGCUUAUUAUUGUUUUUAUUAUUGUUUUUAGAGCUUGUUGAAUUUAUUUUUAGAGAUUAUGCUUUUAUCUUGUACACCACCUUGAUGGCUUUAUGCUGUGAAGGAAUUAAUUACCUAUUCACAGGUUCCAUUGGAGGUGGUGUGUGCUCAGAAUGGGUUUGCUAUCCAGGAGGAGUGGUUGAAAAUAUGUGCAGUGGUAGUUUUCUGGGAGGCUUAAACAUUUCUGGGAGACAUGGAGCCCAGUAUGCCAUCCAUAUAUUAGAGGAAUUGAACAUUGUGAACUCAGAAAGUUGAGUAUGUUAAGAGUUGCUUUGUUUGCGUAGGCAAGAAACAUUAGGUAGGAAUAGCUAGUAUGAGAUCAAAUAUUCCAUCAGAGCUCAGCUGUUUUGAGCUGGACUAUCUUGUUGCAAGCCUCAUGCACCUAUCUGCAUUUGUUUAACAGUGUACUGCAAACAAGUAAGAAAUGAGCUGGCAGUCAACAUUGCAAAAGCAAAUGAGACCUGAAAUUUCAAAAGUUGAUAAGAUCACCUUCUUCUGGAUAGGGAUCUGCCUUAAGGAAUGUCAUAUCAUGUAGUGCAAGCCUGAUAAGAGGCUGACCCUGUUCCUACAACUUUCCACAUUGAAACGUGACUAUUGCCACAUAGAGAGGUUAAAAGCCUUCUUAGUUGCAGAUUAAAACCUAGGGUGUCUGCUGACCUUUUGCUAGAUUAUAACCUCCAUAACAACCUCUUGUGUAGCUUCCCUUUAAUAUUUAAUAUCCUGUCUAUAUUAGUACACAUCUGGUACAUUACAUUUCUAAUAGAGGGUGACAUGUGUGCUUGCGCUGGCUAACUAGAUUAACAGUGCAAGUCAUAAUGAGUAGUUUAUGUGUGAACCAUAUUUCAGUGUAUGUAGAAACAGAUGGUACGUUAAGCUCUUUGUAUGGUUUCAGAGUUGUACUGAUGUCUUUCUGCUGAACUUCUAACUAUCAAGCUAUGCCAACAAAUGUUCAUUUUUUGAAAGAGUGAUUUGUAUUUGAAACCAUUGUAGUAACUGACUCUUGCAAAAGAUGGACACGGUUGUUGGACUUGAGGCAAGGUGGUUGAGUAUUACACUAACUUAAAAGAACAGUUUACUUUAGUUUCUGGGACUAUUGUUCAACUUAAUGUAUCUCUUUGGAAUUCAGGUCAAAGGAAAGAUCAUGCAGGUCUGCCUCCUUCCUCAAAAUUGGGCACACUCAUUUAAGUAUUUAUAGCCUAUACCCCUUGAAACAAUGAACCUUUUUUCUUCCCCCCUCCCACAUUUCACCGUUCAUACAAUCCCAAAUGUUUGUUUUAAUUUUGAAAUUUAACAAAUAUUACAUGGGCACAAUGAAAUUCCAUUUUUUACAUUUCUUAAAUUACGUAUUGGUCUCUGGUGGGACUUUUCUCCUGUGCACAUAACCACCUCUCUCUUUUGAUAUUGUUUCACAUAAGAAGGCUUGCUGACUACAUUGUAACUUUGUCCCAACGUAUCACCUGGUCAGUGUUUUUUUAAAUAAAUGUAAUGGAUGCAAACUUUACCAUUGUGUUAUAAAAAGACUAGAGAACUUUAAAUCUUCAUUCGUCUGGCCUUUCACUGCAAAAUCACAAAUUAUUUCCCCAGAGUAUAUUUUUCUUCCACGUUUACAAUUAAUAGGCAAAAUAGCUUAGCCCGUGUGCUAGGUAUUUUCUUGAAUGUAUUGGGCCUCUAAAUCCAAGUAGGAUUUUAUUAAUUGCUGGAAACCACAGGACAGGGGAGAGUUCUUGUGCUCAGAUCCUGCUUGCUGGUUUCCCACAGGCAUCUGGUUGGUCACUGUGAGAACAGGACACUGGUCUAGGUGGGCCAUUGGCCUGAUCUAGCAGACUCUUAUGUUCUUAGGCUAUCUCUGAGAUCAAUUCCACUGAUGCUCAUGGUGAUUUGUUAUUCGGCUGUCUCUUCUUCCUACCUGGAAGUGAUAAUCUCAUACAGUGCAAGAGCCAAAAGGUCCUUUUGCUUGGAAUAAAUUUGCCUUAUGAAUUGGGGUUGAGUCACUAGAUGGUGAGGGUGGGUGAACCAACCUUGGAGAUGAGGGAUAGGUAAGCUGGCUUCACCUCUUUGUGUGAUGCCUCUGGAAACCUAUCUAUGGAUUCGCUGGGUGAAGUUUAAAAUCCCUCAGUAAGCCUAAAAAUGAAAAUGAAAAAUAUCAAGUUGACCCUGGCUGCUGAUUAGGAAGCCUCUCAUAGCCACUGGGAGCCUCAGGUUGAAGUUGGGACUCUUGAUACUGAAGUGCAGUUCAGUGGAUGGCCUUAUGCUUUGGAUGGCCUUGUGCUCUGUACUGUAGAAUCCAGCCUCUUACAGGAAUCUCAUUCCCACUUAAAGUACCUGCAACUUGCAAAGUGCUAUAGUGAAUUGUAGGAAUGUUAAUCAGUUUUGGAUAACUCCUGAGGCAAAGCAAGGUUCCCUGGAGGGAAUUUUCAGCUUGUUAAAAGUAAGGUGGGAUCUGUACAAGGCAACACAUGUUGUAGCAGGGACGUCAGCAAGUUAGCCAUCAAAAGCAAGCGGCAGGCAGAUGUUUGCCGAAAGUGAAAGUAGUAUCUCUAAGCUUACUGUAAUGCCAAGUGUGUGGGGUGGAAGAGGGCAGGAGGACUAAGUUGUGACUGAGACUUCAGGUUUGUAAUCAGAAGGAUUUUACUGUGCUUGCAAUGUCAUUUAUUUCUGUAAAAAGUAAAAAAACCCCAAACCACACCUUUUUUAUUUCUCAGUUGCAAAGGGUUUCUGUUCUGAAUGUUAUCGUGUACAUAUUGCAGCUGAAAUGCUAAUGUGUUCUAUGCAAAAAGAACAGUGAAAAGAAGCACAACUCAUUUCAAAAUGCUGAAGUAACUGCUUUCCUUACCUUUUUCAGAGCUUUACAAUUUCCUCCUGAAGGUUGGCUUCGGAUAUCCCUCAACAAUGGCAGCAUCACCCACCUGGUCAUCCGCCCUAGUGGCAAAGUGGCGCUUCGAUUGCUCGGUGACACAGGCUUUAUGCCUCCUGAGAAAAUCACACGCAGCUGAGUGGGCCUUUUCUGGCACCGCUGGUGCCGCUGUGGUGUACAAGGUUAUGGCUUGGUAGGAAAUUGCGUUUCACAGUGUACUCAGUGAACGCCUACUCUUUCCCCCACUUCAUUUAUCUGUAAAUAGAAGGGCUGUUCAGCAUUGCUGUGUUCAUGGUGCUUUUGGCACAUUCCACAAAGUACUUCUGCAGUACAGUCUCCUGCUCCAUUAAAAUGAAUGGAGACUUUACAGCAGUACUUAAUGAAUGAACCUAAAACCAGAGAAUCUACAUACUUAACUCAUGUAAGGGUGCCACUUGCCUGGCUGCAACAUGAAAGGUUCCCAGGCUUCUUACCAAAGCAUAUUGCUGUGUGUAGAGAUGAUUUCCCCCUCUCUUCUGUGGAAAGAGGAUACAGAAAUACCACAGGAUUAGAAAGCAAUUCUUUGCAUUGGUAAUCGGCAAAAUUAUUUUUGCUAGAUCAGCAAGAAUUGGGGCAGAGCGGUUUCAGCAACUACAAUUGUGGCUGAGUUUUCAUAACGUAAUAAUUUAGCUCCCUUACAUGUCUGUGUUACUUUAGAGCAAAGGUUGGAAACUGAAAAUGUGCAAAGGGCAUGUAUUAGAGGGUGUCCCCUGGCUAUACACACCUGUUGGCGGGAACAAGAGUAGAAUAUGAUGCUGCAAUAGCUGCUUGAACAGCCCUUCUCACGAUGGUAUCCAAGAUGAAGAGACUAUCUAAAAGGAGACUGGACUUGAUUCUUUUCUUCUUGCCCUUCAGUAUCACAUACAAUUGUUCUUAUAUGAAAAUGAGUGUUCUCAUUUGCUUUACAAAUGCCCCUCUCACACAAUUAGUGUAAAAGUCUGAAUUGAACCACUCUCCAAGGCCUGGACUUAUUAGCAGUAGUUAUGGUUACAUGUCAUUUGUCAUUAUUCCCAUUGAGGCAAAGCACACCUGGGGACACGGGUGCUAAACUAAAUUUAGAAGUGAGCCUCCUCCUUACCACCCCCAAGAGCAUAGCCUGCACUAUUUCUUCAGCAUGCUUAUUUGUCUUAUUUUAUAAUGUAUCAAAACUACUUUUUGAAAUGGAAUCUGCUGUUGGUGAAAUGCUACCUGGAAAAAGGUGGUGGUCUGUCUUUCAAUCAAUGCAAACAAAGUUAUCUUUGUAAAAUAUCUGCAAAUAUAGUUUUUUAUUAACUUUCACAAGGCUUCCUUGAUAUCAAGAGUUGCUAAAAAUAGCAGUGGUUAUUUUCUCUUCAGGUAAACAAUUGACCUCUUAGCAUUUAUAGACUGGUUUUUAGUCUGUUUAUGGUGCUGUAUGUACAUGAUUUUGCUAAUGGAGUAAGUUCUAAGUGUGUGUGGGAGAUCUGAAGGGGUGAAACUCAUGAGCUGGUGCCAAGCUCUGAAUUUAGAGUCCCUUUCAAUGCAGCCGUGGGAACGGGAAGCGGUGAUAGCACUGAUGGAGCAUACCCAAGGGGAGCUACAUGGCAAUCUCACCGCAGGUGUGGCACUGUGGGGCCCCUUCCCUACCCACGGGGAUCCUUGCACACACACCCAGCCCCAUGGCUGGCGCUGCCCGGCUCCAUGGAUCCUCUUGUCCUGGGCGCUGCUGCUGCUCCUGGCUGCUCCACUCUGCAGCACCAGGUACUGGGGCCCCCAUUGUUCUUGUUUAUUUCUCCUGUUUUGUGUUCAGCAGCAGUUAACGUAAGCACUCUGCUGUUAUCAGACCAAACUAGUCCAACAUUUUCUUCACAGCAGACAGACAUGAAGGCAAUGGCACUCUUCCACUCAUAACAAGCAGCUGGCGGUAGCCGCCUUCAAACGUGGUGGGUAUACAGGCAUUACGACUAGUAGUCACUGAGAAUCCUAUCAUCUAUGAAUUGAGUGCAAGUUUAUUAUUUUGGAAGCCUGAUUCUACCAGGUUGCUGCCGAUAUUGCUCAGGGGCUGGGGGCAAGAAUGAAGUCCAAUUUGCAAAAGAAUAUAUUUGCAACACACAAGCACUAAAUAGAGGCAAGAGCUUUUUAAAUAAACAAAUUUAAUAAGAUUGUUAAAAAUUCACUUGAACACAUUGACAAAAAGGACUCGAAUGUGAAUUCUAAACAUUAAUAUGUGUCAGGGCUGCCUGACAAUAUGUUUCUAACACUAACCCUUUAGACGCCCCCCUGGCAAGUGUUACAAACUGAUCGGCUUGUGCUGCUGCAACACAGGGUUAUAUCCAAUGUGAGUCAUACUGAGAGUACACCCACUGAAAUUAAUAAGCAUGAUUAACUUAGGUCCUUUAAUUUCAUUGGGUCUGCUCCAAGUAUGACUUGGUCACUACAACCCCUACUCUUAAAUACAAGAAGGUAUGCAUAACAAGGAUAAAGCAAAGAAGUUACAACAAAACACUGUCAAUUUUUUAAAGUUGGUUUUCUUUUAAAACCAACAGUCUGAAGAUUCUAAGCAAGAAUGCUCUUUAUACACCAUAGAGAGCUUCACGUAAGGGGCAGCUGUGCCUUGGAACAGUGGCAUAUAUAUUAGCUUAAAGAUCAGUGAGUGUUGAGAGCUUAUUUUCAAUAUUGUGGAAGGCUUCGUACCUCAGAGUGAUACUGUUUUCAGCAAGCUAUUUUAAGUUGGUUUGGACUUCCUGGAUAACCAUAUACCAUGGUGACAGAUUUAUAAAAGCUGACUUCUAAAUUAAGCACCUCUAAAUAUUCCACUACAGAAGUCAAGAAAUUCCUUCUAUAGUCUCUUGUCAAAGUUAUAUAAACCUAUAUUAGAAGGCAGCUUCAAUAUGUAUAUCUGUUGAACAGCACUCUAAUUUCUAAUGGAAAAUUAUACAGAAAAGAAUAGUCAUGUAAGGGAAUUGAGGUGCACCCAAGAGAGGCUGUAUAUUUGCAUGCCCAUUUAAACAAUGGGAUAAUGAUAAAGACCCAGCCAAUCUGGAAAUAUUUUUUCUGUAAUUUACAUUUAGACCACCUACAUUAAAUAUACAAAAUAAUAAAUGGAUGGUUACAGCAUCUCUUCAAGUCUUUAAACUAUAAGGGAACAGCUUAAAAAAACCUGCAUCCAAAAGUGUUGGAAAGUUAAACAUGGUUACUGUUUACAUAAGAGAACAGCACUUAUUAAAAAGCAAGAUAAAAAUGUUACAAAAGGCACUAAUAAAACUGGAAGAAUCUUAAGUGCGGUUCUGGAGUUUUGUACCAAAACAUCACACUCAGAAACAGUAUACAAAAUGCUCACACUUGGUAUAAGGAAGCCACGACAGCUCUAUGUGCAGUAGAGAUCUAGGCUACUAAAAAGGCUUGCAGUGAAUACAGCCACUAAUAACACAGACUUUAUCAAAGUCUGAAGGAGUCGUUCCAAAAUGUCAAAACUUAAGCUGCCCGAAGUUUGACUAUUUUAAUGGCAGCUGCAUUAUCUAUUCCAGAAGUCUCCAAAAGGGAAUUAGUUUUCCUGUAGCUAACAAACUUUAGCACUGGCCUUUCAUUUAAAAGUUAAUGUGCCCUGCCCCCCCGAAGAACAGAAAAAUCUGCCCAUGGUAAGUGGAAUUGUGGUAGAGAAAUUGUUUGGAUACAAAAUAUUAAUUUCUAUCAUUAAGAACAUAGGACACUAAAGUGUUUGGCUCUUUUAAAAUACCUCUAAUUAGAUAAAUUAACAAACUAUAAAUUUGCAGUCUACAUACAUAGAAAAGAGCUUUCCUCCUUUCAGCUCAACUGGAAGACCUUAAAACUUGACAGCUUGCCUUGAGUUCCCUUUAAUCUACAGUUGCUACAGUGAAAGGGUUCCCAGUGAGAAGCACUGUACAGAUAGUAAAAUGGACAUGGAUAAAUGUCCAAGAAAAGUAACUUCUAGGUUCUAGGAAAUGCUUAAACUCUUCAGGCAUUCUAAUUUAAUUUACUAAUCUGCAAAUCACCAAUAAUCUGGUAAAUGGAAUAAAAAUAUUUGCUACAAGCAGCCCUUUCUCUGACAGCAAUAAAUAAAAUGAGUUUGGGGUACAU